AGACACGCCUCGCGCCGACAGCAGCGGCUACUACAGCGCUUUAGUCUCUCAGUCUUCGGAGGAAAAACUCACCCAAAUACCGGCUUUCGCCACGGCACGGGACCGGACCGGACACUGCGGGGUUCAAACAUGGUCUGCGGGGGCUUCACCUGCUCGAAAAAUGCGCUCUGCUCUCUCAACGUGGUCUAUAUGCUGGUGGGUCUGCUGCUGAUUGGAGUAGCGGCCUGGGGAAAAGGCUUCGGUCUGGUCUCCAGUAUCCACAUCAUUGGAGGCGUGAUCGCGGUGGGAUUCUUCCUGCUCCUCAUCGCCAUCGUGGGGUUGAUUGGUGCAAUUCACCACCACCAAGUUAUGCUCUUCUUUUACAUGGUGAUUCUGUUCAUUGUGUUUCUGUUUCAAUUUGGAGUUUCUUGUUCCUGUUUGGCCAUGAACCGCGGGCAGCAGGAGGCACUGCUGAGCUCAGCGUGGAACCUAAUUGAGAGUAAAACACGCAUGGACCUGGAGACGCAGCUCAACUGUUGCGGGCUCUUUAAGAACUCCAGCUCUUCCUUCGACAUGGACUACACCAGCUGUCCUGCCUUGUGUAAAACGGACAACAACUGUGUGACCUGUGGAGUGAAGAUGUUGAACCACGCCACAGAAGCUCUGAAGAUCCUGGGAGGAGUUGGACUGUUCUUCAGUUUCACAGAGAUCUUGGGAGUGUGGCUUGCUGUGCGCUACAGAAACCAGAAGGAUCCUCGCGCCAACCCUAGUGCAUUCCUAUAGUCCCCAUCCGACCCCCCUUCACCCCUAUUCAACCCCCAUACACUUUACACUGGUAACACACGAGCAGAGGUACACGCUUUAGCUCAACAAUUCCACCUGAAUGGGCAAAGAAACCUGCAAAAAACUGGACCAGAAACUAAGGGACGCCACCGCACUUUGUCCAAAAACUGCAAGAGGAGAAGUGCUUCUGCAUGAAAGGAUCCUGUUAUACCAAGAAUUCAGCUCACGGUAUUAAAGCAGCCUUGAUUUGAGUAUCUCCGUCCUCGUUGCUUAAGAGGUUUUAGCAUGUGUGGUACCAAAUGGCUAAGAAAAGUGUCUAUGGUUACAGCUAAAGGGCCUAUAUUAUGCUAACUUUUUGAAGGUUUUAAUCAUGUUUUAAUGUAGUUUCCUCACUAAGGUUGCAUUUGUGUUCCAUCACAACAUAGUUUAAUCACUGUAGGUUAAACAGCGCUGGAGACGGGUCAGAAUUCUAUGGUGGGAUUUGCUGUUUAACUGUCAGAUUACAGAUGCGUUGACCUGGUUUAUGGUUACUAUCUCUAUAAUUACUGAGCCUAUCCACAUGAAACAAAAGGUUCAACGUCUUCAGAAAGUGGUGCCAUUAUUCAACCCUGAAGAGUUGAGUUGAAAGGACUUUAAGCCAUAAAAUACUAAUAUGAUGACAAGUUUGUGAAGCCGAUCUCAAAAAAAUAACUAAGGUCCAACAUUUGUGGAUCAGAAGUUUGGAGACUUCUUUCCAAAACAGUGAAUUCCCCCAUAGUUAUAUAGACCCCGCCCUCCAUCUGAAACCAUGACAUGAAAGCAACCCAUACAUGGAGUAGCGUUUUGUUUCAAGAAUCCUCCAUACUCUUGUGUACUAUAGAUGGGAAGUUGUAAUCUAUGAAGCGCCUCCAUGUUUUUAAAGACUAUUGACCUUCAGUGGACGUGUUCCAAUCAUGUCAGCGCUCAGUUAUCCUUCAGUUUAGCAGUAUUUUUAGUUUAGUUGUUUUUAGCUUCAUGAAAACUACUAACCUUUUCAAUACGCCAACAGAUGCAGUCCUAGUGCCUCUGUUGGAACUGUGCAUCAACAAAUUUAAAGACGCACCGUGUAACUUUUCUGGUGAAGGGUCCACCACCUGGUUGUCUCCAUGGAGAUGUUAUUGCUUUGCCUGGAAUGUUCCACAGUACAAUAUUUAGCUCAUCUGUCUCCGUAUACACAAUUGCCUAAGUGAGGUUGCAAAGUUACAGGUCAGAUCUGUGGGGAGGCGACCCCGUUCACAGUAAGAAAGCAUGUUUUUCAAGUUAUUUUUGAGCUAUAAAACCAUGUGCAAUUAAUGCGUUUAAUACUAUACUGAGGAACAUUCCAACUAACUCCUUUGAGACGAGACAGGAAAGUUACUGUGCUCCUUUUAUGUGAACCAAGGCAUUGAGGCAUUUCUGAGAUACAGUAUUUAAAGUUGGCAUAAUUUUAAAUGGAGCUAGUUAGCAUAAUAUGGGGCUUUUAAACCUCGUCUCAUUGGUGCCAUGUUUUAUUCAGUGUAGUUAAAGCUGUAGAUCACAUGACCAACGCGAAUUCAGGGCUAAAAUAUUAGACAGAAAAUGUAAAACAAAGGCAGUUUUCCAUUGUUUUGUAUUUAGUAACGCGCAAAAAAACGGUGUUAAGGAAGGAGUUAGACUAUGACCUCCGCUGACCUGGUCCCCAUUCUCAAAUAAAAAGUGGAUUCAAACGUAUUUAUGUUUUUAAAUUAUGGAAAGAAAAAACUAAUUUUGCGAUCAUGUGCAAAAUAUACAAUUCCAAAGAGAAACUCUAACCUGGAUUUGAACUGGGUGUGUUCUGAGUCAAGCGGUUUCCUCAUUCCUGGUUUAGACCUGAUUUAGACCUGGUUUAGUAUUUGUAUAAGCUUGGUCUAGUUCUGAUUCAAUCCUGGUUUAGUUCUGGUUUAGUUCUGGUUUAGACUUGUUAAGUCCUCUUGGGUUAAUUCUGGUUUAGUCUUGGAUGAACUGAUGGUUUUGUUCUGGUUUAGUCCUUGGUUGGUUCAGUCAGUUAUGGUGUAGUCCGGAUUUGGACCUGGUUUAGUCCUGAAUUUAUAGCAGGUCCAGUCUGGGGUUAGACCUAGUUCUGUCCUGGUUUAGUUCUGGAUUUAGAGCUGGUUUGGUCCUGGUUUAGGCCUUAGUUGGUUCACUGAGUUAUGGUCUUGUAGUCCUGGUCUAGUCUGUUUACCUGACUUAGACCUGGUUCAGUCCUGGAUUUCUUAUGAUUUAGUCCUGGUCUAGUUCCUGGUCUAACCUCGGUCUAGUCCUGGUUCUUGGGGCCAAAAAGUCUCAAAAUGACCACAUAAAAUGACCCACAUAUUUGAAGUCUUCAUCAUGGUGACUCUGUUAGCGGAGGUUUUUAAGAUUAAAUAUUAUAAUUCCAAUUGUUAAAGGCCCUGUACCUGAUUUUAUUCUUAGUUCUAGCUCAGGAAAACACCCCAAAAUGAGACUGUAUGAUGUCAUUUAUGCAUAUUAAUUGACAUUUUAUUGGAUGAGAACCAUAAACAAACAAGGUAUGACCCCCUUUUGUCCAUUUAUGAGUGUUGGAUGAGAACCAUGUGGAACCAAGACAUUUUGUUUCUCUCUCAUGGUUCAACAAAACUUAAAGUGCAUGUGACAGGUUAGACUGCUCAUUGCACUAAAGCAAAACCAACAUGAUUACAUUAAAAUUAUAAACUGGCAUAAACAGGUAAGAUUUUUAAUAACUUACUUCCUGGUUGGACACAUGGAGAAGUAAUAACUGUUCCCCAGCAACCAUAAUGUAAACAAGGGUCAAAACUUGUGUAAAUUACAAAGUAGAUAUAAUUUGGUUGGUGUAAAAUUAUGAUAAAUAUUUACCACAGGAACCAUCUCACCAAACCAAAUCAGAAACCUGUCGUCUGCACUUUAAAGGUUCUAUAUUACGCAAAAGUGACUCUUGAGCUUUAAGUCAUGUUAUAAUGUUGUUACCUCCUCAAAAACAGACCUGGAGUUGUGUUUUGUUUUGUUCACACAUGUUUGAGUAACAUUUUAUUAUUAGUCUCUCUACAUCGCUAAAGCUCAAAAUGCUUUGUUCCACCUUGUGAUGUCACGUAGUGGUAGUUUUCAAUUUAACUGCUCCUUUUACCUUUAGUUCAGCAGAGAUUGGCUGAAUGAUUCUAGUGAAGGUGUGUGGAGUUUAGAAACACAACAGAGCACUAAACACGUGUGAAUGAAACAAAACACAACUCCAGGUCUGUUUGUGAUGAAGAAACAACAUUGUAACAGCUCAGGACACGGCGUAAUAUGGGCCCUCACGUCACGGUUCAACUUUGGGUCCAGGGCCUUUAAAUUUAACUGAGCCAUUCUUACAGUACACACAUGGGAAUGCCAAACGACUGCUGUCUUGUAAAUAUUGCUUCUUUUAACUUCUUUUUGCCAUGUAGUUCCACUUUUAGAAAUGUGAUUCCUAAUCCAACUAUGGUUUUCAGUGUUGUGACUUAUCUAAGACUUUGCGAGUAAUACAUUAGAUAACACAUAGCUAGCAUACGAUUGUGUAAAUGGGACAACAUUAAAAUCAGACGUAUUUUUAUUAUUUUGUUUGGUUUUUUGUUAAAUUUUUGGAGGGCAUCUGGCCAAAAUGAUCUGCCUGUUUCAGUAGUAUUCACAUGUUCAGUCUUUGCAAUUUUAAUUUUGUCCUUUAUUAUAUUUUUGUUAAAGUUGUGAAAUGGAGCUGCACAAUAUCAGAAAAAUCUUAGAUGAAAUCAUUAUUAUGAAAAUCCCUAUCACUAAAUUUUGCAAUAUUUUAAUUUUGGUGUAGUGAUUUACUUAUUAAAUAUGAAUGAAAUCGUGUAAAAAUUCAAACUUUAACCAAACCGAGGGUCCAAAUAGAGAUGUUAUUGCUUUGCCUAGAAUGUUCCACAGUAUGACAUUAAACCGAUCUUGCAUUUAUUCCAUUACAAGUUUUUGUAUCACUUGCUUGUGUCAGUGGACAUGGAGAUGUUUAAUGCCACACUGUGGAACAUUCCAGGCAAAGCAAUUACAUCUCCAUAGUUACAAGCAGAUGGCAGACUCUCAACCAGAAAAAAUACAAUGCAAGUCUAAACUAAAGCCACACUAUGGAAUACUUUUCUUUCUCCAUGGAGAUGUUGAUGCUUUUGAAAGAAUGUUCCACAGUAUGGUAUUAAAGUUAUCUCAUAUUUAUUCAGGUUUUUGCACUGUUAAGAAAAAAAACUUUGCAGUGGAUGUGGAUAAGUUUAAUGCCAUACUGUGGAGCAAAACGAAAUCUCCAUGGUGACAAGCACGGAUCAGAAAAGUGACAUAGUGUGACUUUAAAUGUCUAAAUCAGGUCUAAAACAGUCUGUUCUAGUUUUUCAGCCUGUGGUGCGGCUCUGUUGUGUAAUAAUGACCUGUUCUGUCAGUGUUAAAUACUUUGUAAAUGAUGUUUGGAUCUAUUUAAGUUAAGCUGUAAAAUGCACAUGUUUUGUUUUAAAUGUGUUUUGUUUUGAAAUGAUUUUAACUUAAACUAACCAGAGCUGUGUUUUAAAGUCUUACUGGACCUGGUCUUCUCUGCUGAUUUUUUUCCAGACGUCUUUGAACGCCUCAUUUGUACCUGUCAGCACCUGUCAACGCCUGUCGUUUGUGUGCACUUGUUUUUUUUCUUGAUGUCAUUUCAAUUUUCAAGACUUAGUUUUGCAAAUAAACUCUUGAUUGGAACCAGG